AAUUUGUCAUAUAUAGAGAAAGUAAAUAUUUUCAGCAAAAGAAAUAUAUUUAUACUAGGCUCUUUUUUAGGCUCGUAAUCUGUGAUCAGCUGCUGAGUAAACACACAGAUCGAAGAUGUCAACAAAUGCAGAAAAAGUUACAGAACUUCGAGAAAGAGGAAAUGAGUGCAUGCGUGCGAAUAACUAUGCAGAGGCAGUUUUGCACUAUUCACACGCCAUCAAACUUGACAGUAGCUCACCACAGUUAUAUAGCAAUCGUUCCUAUGGGUUCCUGAAACUGCAACAUUUCUACCAUGCACUCGAAGAUGCAAAUGAGGCGAUCAGGUUGGAUCCAAAUUGGGCUAAGGGAUAUUUUCGCAAAGCAGAGUGUGGAGUUUUGCCACCAAGCACUAUGAGGAUGCGCUCGAAUGUUACAGGUGUGCAUCACAACUGCAGAAGGAUUCCCCACUACUCGAAUGUAUAUUGAGAGCCAGACAA